GGUGAUAUGUCCACAUUUUAAUCUUCCAUGGUGUUUGACCGAUACGCUAUAGCACAGCGCAUAUCUGCACGCCCGGCGCACAUCUGCUGCUGAACAGUGCGGAAGGAGCUAGACUGAGAGGUUCUAUUGCGGAGCGGAUCGGAUACGAGAAAAAAUGGAGAAGAUGAAUCAUGCAUUGGAGAAGAUGAAGAUGCUCGUGGGAAUGGAUGUGGAAGACGUCGAAGGAGCCGCUAAUCAGCAGCAGGACUCCUCUUUCGCUUUCAUCGAUGACUUCAAUCGCAACUGCACUCUAUCCACCAAGCAGAGGCUCUAUGGUUUUGCCAUUUGCUUGGCUGCAGGUGUUGCAUGUACAUUCUUGUCCAUGUUGGUGUUUCUCCAUCCAGUCAAAUUUGGAAUUACUUUUUCAUUUGGCAAUAUGCUUGCACUUGGAAGCACAGCAUUCCUCAUAGGACCUAAAAGACAAGUGACAAUGAUGUUGGACCCUGUUCGUAUCUACGCAUCAUCCAUAUAUCUUGCAAGCAUCAUCAUUGCAUUGGUUUGUGCUCUAUAUGUGCGCAACAAGCUACUGACACUUUUGGCCAUUAUAUUGGAGUUUGGAGCUCUUAUUUGGUAUAGCUUGAGUUACAUCCCAUUUGCAAGGUCCAUGGUCUCCAAAGUCAUGGUUGCGUGUUUUGAUACGGAAUUCUAGUGUGGCAAGUUCGUGAGAGGAGAGGGCCAAGGGGGGCUCAGUUUUGCAGUUUCUGUAUAGUAAGUACUGUGGUAACCAUGAAACCAUAGACUCUGAUCAAAUAGGGCCUGUUAGGUUACAGAACUUCCUUGCCAUUUGUGUGGAACUCAAAUUACAUAUCGUUUCUACUAAACUCUUCUGUACCCUAGACUCUUCUGUCUGUGAUUGGGAUUGGUAUAUAUGUAUGCCAAGUUGUUUACAACUAACAAAUGAAACUAGGGUUCUUAU